AUGCGGCCGUUCCUGCUAUUGGCAACAUUUUUUCUAGCUGGCUAUGCCCUUCCUAUAGCACCAGUCGAUGAGAAAAGUCCAGUUUGCCUAGCUUGUGAGAAUGUCAUCAGAAUCCUACAGAAAGAUCUGGGAGAUAAAAUACUAGAAGAAUGCAUCGCCGAUGUAAUCAUCGCUGUUUGCACAAUCUUCAAAAUCGAGGAUCACUUCAUUUGCAAAAAUAUGGUCGGCGCUUUUGUGGACGAAACCAUGUGGAUCGCCCAACAAAUCCUGGUGACCCCCACCCAAAUCUGCGGCCUAUUGCUGGGCAAUGAUUGCGACCCCGUUUUCAACCCGUUCAACCAAACUUGGACGCUUGAUAUGCCGCCCGGGAAGCCACCGGUCGUUCAACCACAGGCACCCAAGCCCGGUAUGCCAACCCUGAAAGUCCUCCACCUCUCCGAUAUCCACUUGGACAUGUACUACACCCCCGGCCUGGAGGCCGACUGCCCCGAACCACAAUGCUGCCGUCCACAACAAAGUCCAGAUGAGAUCGUUGCCGCCGGUGUCACCACGCCAACGCCCAUCAAAGUGCCAGCAGGAUAUUGGGGAACCGUCGGAAACUGUGAUGCCCCGUACUGGCUAUUUACAAGCAUGCUGCAGCACGCCGCCUCCGCCCAUCAGGAUCUCGACUACAUACUCGUCUCUGGGGAUCUGAUGUCACACACGGAUUGGGUCUAUACUCGGGAGACCCAUGCGGGCAUGAUCCGCAACAUUUCCGACACCAUCCGCUCAUUCUUCCCCAAAAUCCCAACCUUCUUCACUGUCGGCAAUCACGAAGGAGUACCAAUUGACAACUUCGCGCCCUGGGAUGUGGCACCGAUACAGUAUAAUAUGUCGUGGCUGUACGAUACGAUGGCGGAAAGUUAUAAAGGAUGGGUACCGCAGGAUCAAAUGGAAAUGGUGAAAUUCAACGGUUGUUAUAUGAAGAAGUUGUACCCGGGGUUGCGGUUGAUCUCGUUGAAUAAUGGGCUUGGAGACUCGAUGAAUUUCUGGCUGUAUGUGAAUGAGACGGAUCCUGAUGGAACGAUGACAUGGUUUAUUAACCAGUUGGCGGAUGCGGAAAGAGCUGGUGAUAGGGUCCACAUCGUUGCUCACAUCCCAUCGGGUUCCAGUGAAUCCCUGGAAGGAUGGUCAGCCAAUUACUACAACGCCAUCAACCGCUUCGAAAGCACCGUCGUUGCACAAUUCAUGGGUCACACGCAUUCCGAGGAAUUCCAAGUGAUGUAUUCCGACAUGAACGACCCAAAAAGCCGCCCCACUGGCGUCAUCUACAGCACGCCGUCAAUCACGCCAUACUCGGAAUACUACCCGACUUAUCGAGUGUAUACUCUGGACGGAAGUUACAAUGGAAGUACCUGGCAAGUGCUCGAUUGGGAAGAAUGGCGGAUGGAUUUGCUGAAAGCUAAUGCCGAUCCGCCGAAUGCAAAGUGGGAGCAAUUCUACCCCUCUGCCGCGAAGGCUUAUGGAUUGAAGGACUUUUGGCCAGCAUCGUGGGAUGAUUUUAUUACGAGAAUGAAGACGGACGAUGCUUUGUUCCAACGCUACAGAACGAACUUCUACCGCCGUGAGAAUUUGGCACCCUGCGAUGCGGGCUGCAAGCGGGGUUUCCUGUGUUCGGCUAGAACUGCUCAUCAUACAAAUACAAUGUGUGAUGAUCUCUACGCUGAAGCCCCAGCCGCAGUUUCCGAGAAAAAAACCCAAUUCGUCAUGCCUGAUGAAGCCGAGAUCCGUUCGGCCUGGAAGAACACCAAGAAGCAAAACGCUGCGCAAUGCUUG